CCGCCGGAGACUGUGGGGCCCUACCUAGUCGAAGAAAGAAGAGGACGACUGGGGCCGAACUGCUUGAACUCGUUGGGAAUGAUUUGGAAAAUUACGAGGUUGUCGAUUGCUACGGUUUUUAUCCUGUACCUUAGCAAGAACGUCCUGAAUGGUGUCCUCAAGGAUUACAUUUACUACGACCUCGAAACAAACUAUCUUCACUGGAGUUCUAAACUUCCUGCCAUUUCUGUCUGCCUGCGUUUCAACCAUAACAGAAAUUCUUUCGACAACGAUAGCAGAAAUUUCUUGAGGAAUCUUUUAAAUCCGUCGAAAUUGCAUUGUCGAAAUUGUGAUAGAGGAAGAAAAUUGAUACAAGAGAUGAACACGAGUGUUCCUAAUCUUGUCGAACAGUUGAUCACUCCGUGUGAAACACUUUUGACCAAUUGUAUGUGGAAUGAUAAACGGUUCCGUUGCUGCAGCAGGUUCAGAAAGCUGGUCACAAGAAGAGGAAUAUGUUAUUCCGCUAAUUCAGAACUUAUUGGGGGCACCGAAGUAUUCGAGGUCAGUUUCUUUGCAAAAGAAGCCGAUAUUAAAUUUGAAGUAACAGAACCUGUCAAAGUGUAUAUGCAUGAGGUGCGGGAUGUCUCGCCAAGAGGAGGGUUUCUUUUGAACCUCGGACAGAAGCUUAACGUCUUGUUUAAAAGCCGGGAAACCAUUGCUGAGCUUGAGACGAAAUCUAUCGAUUUUGAACUUCGUAACUGCGUGGUACAGGGUGAACGUUGGAAAGGCGUUUACAGCAGGUCUAUCUGUAAAAACCGCUGUCAAGCCAAAGCCCAGACGUUGGUCUGCAACUGUAGCCACCAUUUGUUGCGACAAGAUCUUUCCCAGGCCUGUGAUCUCGACGGGCUUCAAUGCCUGGACGAUAAUUCAAGAAAGAUCAAAUCAGAAAUGAGCUCUUUCUGUGAUUGUGGAGAAGCAUGUGAUGAAAUCAUGCCAAAAAUUAUUUCAAAAAAAUUAUCAAGGUACAAAGGGCACAAUGGGAAAGCAAAUUUUGUUCUUUCUUUUCCUCCGACAGAACGAUUAAUAAUGAAAUCGAAAACCAACAAUUUAGAAAGAUUGGUUGCUUUGGCCUGUAUCUCAAGAUGGCUCACAAACUUAAGCCUAAUGGACCUUUUCAGAUUGUUCAUGGACAAUCUUUUCAAGCGAAAGGAGCGAAGUUUUGAAGACAAGUCUAUUUUAUAUUAAUAAAUUAUUUCUUUUAAAUAAAAUGAACCAAGAACCCAGUGGUUGCAAAUUAUUUAAAAAAAUAUAGAUAUAAAAAUUUAUAUGUUUACAAAAACGUUAAACAUUGUGUUUGUUGGCCAACAAGGGUUAAUAAAAUUUUCUAAGUUGAAAAGUUCACAAUUCUUAUUAAUUAAUAUAUAUAGAAAAAGUUUUAUUUGAUCCAAACUGGUAAAGAUAAAAAUGGCAAGGAAAGAGUAUACUUUUGUAUUGACGUGGAUUACUCUAAAAGGGUUUGAGUGGCAAGUUCGCCAUUAUUUCAAAGUGGGAGGGAGUUUGGAAAAACUUACAAUUCCCCCCCCCCCAAUCAUCAUCCUUUCAACAAACAAAUGCUUGCAAUAAAAUGCGUAUGUUCAAAUAAAUAAAUUCAAUAUUGAAAUUACUUGCUAAAUUAUGCUAAAAAGGCUGAAUUUUGAAACAAAUUAGAAUGACAUUCUUAUUUCAUCUCAUUGCAAGUGUAGGUAUGAGUCAAGAGAAAUGACCAUUUUUUAUUUAUCUACUUUUUUAUUAUUAGAUGUGUUAUUUGUG